CUGGCGGGCCGCCGCUGUUUCCAUGCGGUUUCGGAGGCGCUGGCGUCGCCCUCGGACCUUCCUAGGGGGUGGCCUUAGGAGAGGAGCGCGCUGCUGCGGAGGUGGCGAGCUGCCAGGCUGGGGUGCAGGAGUGGGGACCUAGCGGCAGGCCGGCAGCGAGCUCGGGCGCUUGGCAGAGAGGGGAAACCGCCGGCGCGCUUUUAACGGGCAGCCAAAAUAAUAAUAAAAGCCGGCAGAAGCGAGGAAAAUCAGGGCAAAGGACGGGGAGAAGGCGGAGGAGAUGCGAUAUCUAUAUGUUUGAAUUCUCCUUUAUGAACAAGGGAAGAGGGCUAACAACCUGCCUGAACAAGUGGGAACUCGCAUCAAUUCUCUGUGCAAGUACAUGGAUGUAACCAAUUAGCAUACUAUCGUUGGUGGACAGCUCUUAAGAGUUAUCAUCAACCCGGGGGAGAAUUUCUAUCUUAAAGCAGCUACGAGAAAGGAACGCUAUAAAAGCUGGUUCUGCUCGAGGCUGCUCUCCUGCUCUGUCUCGACUUUUCUAGUUUUAGUGGGUGAUGUCACGACAUCUUUAACGUUCAGACCCCCCAAACCCACUAGAUGAAGGACCUAGCUUGUACUUCUGACUCCUAUGUGCAUGAACAAAGCCCCAGCAACCAGACAUCGAUAGCAAUGAUGCAAGAACCUCAAGAAAUGGUGGAAGAGACGGUUACUGUGGAGGAGGACCCAGGCACUCCCACUUCGCACGUGUCUAUUGUCACUUCUGAAGAUGGAACCACAAGGAGAACUGAAACCAAGGUAACCAAAAUGGUCAAAACUGUCACCACUAGAACAGUGCGUCAGGUCCCACUUGGGCCUGAUGGCCUACCGUCAAUGGAUGGCUCAUCUCCUAUGGGCAGCUACACAGAUUCGAUAGACAGAAGGUACAUGAAGAAUGGGGAGCGGUACAUCACACCACAAGCAUCGUCCACAUUAACCAGAUCUUACAACAACUACAACGAUUCUUACCCUGACAGCCACGAAGGGCAGUAUCGCCCUUAUAUCAGUCAUGAUGGUUACGGAGAUCUGUCCGAUAACUAUGGCAGCUUGUCCCGUGGUGUCAGCUACCGUCCUCGCUAUGCCUACGUGCCAGGGAACAGUUACCGGCCAGAGGAUGGUAGCUUCACCUUGCCAAGCAGAAGGGAUAAUUAUGGUCCCGUUGCCCAGCCCCAGGUGCCAGUAGGCAGCAAUGUUGACUUGAACCGCUCCCAGCCAGAACGCUUCCAGCCAGAACCCUAUGGGUUGGAAGAUGAUAACCGCAGCCUUGGAGUAGAUGAUGAAGGAUAUGAACUGGAUCCAGAUUACUCCACUGUGAACCGGAGGACAUCUGCAGGCAUACCAGAGAGAGCAAGACCUCACAAAGGAAGGGGCUACGAUGACCCUGUUGAGACGGAGAUGGUUGAAGAGCGGAUCCCUUACCUUCACGGUGGCUAUGCAGCACCUCUAGCACAGCCAGAGAGAGGAAGCAUGGCCAGUAUUGAUCGCCUGGGGAAGCGCUCCCCCUCUAUUGACAGCAUUCGGAAAGACCCUAGGUGGAGGGACCCUGACCUCCCUGAAGUAAUUGCCAUGCUCAGCCACCCUAUUGAUCCAGUCAAGUCCAACGCCGCAGCCUACCUGCAGCACUUGUGCUACGAGAAUGAUAAAAUCAAAAAGGACGUGAGGCACCUUAAAGGGAUCCCUAUCUUGGUGGGCCUGCUAGAUCAUCCAAAACCAGAGGUCCAUCGCAAAGCCUGUGGGGCGCUCAGAAACAUCUCAUAUGGGAAGGAUAAUGAGAACAAGGUGGCUAUAAAGAACUGUGAUGGCAUCCCAGCUUUGAUCAGACUGUUGCGAAAAACAAAUGACAUGGAAGUCAGAGAGCUAAUUACAGGCACCCUGUGGAACUUGUCCUCUUAUGAGCCCCUGAAGAUGGUCAUCAUCAACCAUGGUCUGCAGACGCUCACCAAUGAAGUGAUUAUACCCCAUUCUGGCUGGGAGAGCGAGCCAAAUGAGGACUCAAAACCUCGCGACGCUGAGUGGACAACUGUCUUCAAGAACACUUCUGGCUGCUUACGGAAUGUAAGUUCAGAUGGAGCAGAAGCACGCAGAAGACUAAGAGAGUGUGAUGGCUUGGUGGAUGCCCUCCUUCAUGCUCUACAGUCUGCAGUCGGCAAGAAGGAUACAGACAAUAAGUCUGUGGAGAACUGUGUGUGCAUCAUGCGGAACCUUUCCUAUCAUGUCCACAAAGAGGUCCCUGGAGCUGAUAAAUACCAAGAACUAGAUGCCAGCCAGACUAUGAGCACAGGAGGCUCCCAGAAAAAGAAGAAAGACGAUGCUGGCUGUUUUGGUGGGAAAAAAGCUAAAGGAAAAAAGAAUGGAGAUUUGGACAGGAAUUUUGAUACACUUGAUUUGCCAAAGCGGUCUGAAACAGCUAAAGGCUUUGAAUUACUGUACCAGCCAGAUGUGGUUCGACUGUACCUCUCCAUCCUCACAGAAAGUCAGAAUUUUAACACACUAGAAGCUGCAGCAGGGGCUUUGCAGAACCUCAGUGCUGGGAACUGGACAUGGUCCACAUACAUCCGUGCAACAGUGCGGAAGGAGAGGGGCCUCCCGGUGCUUGUGGAGCUGCUCCAGUCUGACUCCGAUAAGGUGGUGAGGGCUGUGUCGAUUGCCCUGAGAAACCUUUCCAUGGAUCGUCGCAAUAAAGAUCUUAUAGGUAGUUAUGCCAUGGGUGAACUGGUAAGAAAUUUGCCCAGCAGGCAGCAGAGGUCUUCAAAGAACCUGGAAGAGGAUACAGUGGUUGCAGUGUUGAAUACCAUCCAUGAAAUCAUUACUGACAGUUCAGAAAAUGCGAGGUCUCUGAUCCAGACACAGGGCAUUCAGAAGCUGGUAGCUAUCAGCAAGUCAAGCCAGUCUCCCAGAGAAACAAAAGCAGCAUCUCACGUUCUUCAGAUGAUCUGGAGCUAUAAAGAGCUACGAAAUGCACUGCAGAAGGAUGGGUGGAACAAGUCACACUUCCAGUCUGUUUCUGCAGCUCCGAAGGGUUCCAAAGGUGCCGCUGGCAGGUCUGGCUACGACGACAGCACUUUGCCUCUGGUGGAUAAAAGUCAAGAUAGCGAGAAGUCUGGGAGUCGUGAUAUGAUACCUAUGGAUGAACUCGGCCCAGAUGGAUACUCCACUAUUGAUCACCGGGACAAGGAGCGCAAAUACAAGACCAGUGAUAACACCGGGGAUGCCUCAGAGAAAGAACCUUUAAAAGGCUAGAACCAACCACAUUUUUUUAAUUGAGGGGGGAAAAAAAAUCAUCGAACCGACACAGAGGAUCUCAUCAGUCACCACUGCCAUUCAGAGUUGGAGGGCGCUGCAUCACUGACCAGGCUGCAGAUUCUAGGAGGGCGUGGGGAGAAGACACAGCCGCUUGCCAUCGCCAAUGCCAGAGCACCAUGCCUUACAGCAAGACAGUUUGCUUUUUGACUCAGUUACAUUCCCAGCAGAAAUAGCCGCCUUCCCCUCGCUCCCUCUCCUGCAAGAAGAAAGCAAGCAAGAACAGAGAAUCCAAGCUUCUAUCUAGCUGGCUGCCUUCUUAGAUAACUCUUACGUGUGGAUGGUGCCCAGUAUGGGAAGUGAAGGUCAUGCGGCAGCAAAGAGGAAAGCUUCACAAGUGAAAGAGAUACUGCAGAAUAUUUGAAAUAUCGUAGGUGUAGUCAUGAAGAUAAUAGCACUUUUCUGGUUUGCAGCUCUUUUGUUUUGGGUUUCUUUUUUUUCCUUUUCUUUUUUUUUUUCUUUUUUUUUUUUUUCUUUUUUUUUUUUUUUGAACUGUGAAUCUGACAUUUUUAAGGCUUUUUGAUAAAUUUUGAGGUUUUCUUCAUUAUUUCCACAAGAAGUGCAGGAAUGUUGAGUGGGUAUGUUGGAUUUCAGUCAGAGGAGAAAGUACAGAACAAAAACUAUUAAAUGCUGAUUGAAUGAACUAGAGACUAGAUGACAAAAUUGCAAGCUGUAUAAUCUGCUUUUAGAGUAAGCUAUAUCACAGUGCUAUAUUAUCAUUAUAAUCUGGUGUACAAUACUUCUGCUGUUUGAGUUCUGUAAUGGCUCUAUUUUUACUUCCACAUAUGAAAAAUAGUUUAUUGAAGGCUUCAGUGUUCCCAGUUCAGAAAUCUCUGCUGAGAAAUGGAGUUGACUGGCUUUUUAUUUUCUUUUUCUCAAAGAUUGCGAUAAGGAACUUACAUUUUAAAGGUACCAGUGUUGCAUUGAUGAUGAUCUAAUCUAUAACAUUAUUUCUCUUACUAUAGCUGUUAACACAUUGGAAGAAAGUAAGAGCUUCUUUGUAGAAUGUUUUAUUUUGAACACACUAUAAACUUCAGAUGGGUCUAUCAUUUAUAUUUGACGGUAACUUGAUCACUGUCGGAUCCGUAUUUGCUUUGAGCUAUAGAUCCUGAUGAGAAAUGCCACAAAGGGAACUGGCUUGGAGUUUUUUUUUUAAAUUAUCAUCAUGGUUUCUGUGUUGCUGUGGUUUUGUUUUGAGAUUGCGUAUUUCAAUUGGUGUGAGAAUCACCCAUGUGCAAAGGUUCUCCUCUAAGGUGCUGAGGCCUGCUCUCUGCAAGAGGGGCUCGUUACCUCAUGAGAACAUACUCUGUGUAUACAGUAUCUGGAAAUGCUGUAAACUAAAUGACGUCAGAUCACUGAUUUUCUCCAGGCAUUGGUCAAGGAAGGGCAGCAGAUGAGAACAGGAAGCACAUGUCUCAUUAGUAGCAUCAGGUGCCUUUUACUGAUUUUGCUUGGUAGCCAUUAUUCUUCAGUUGCCACAUUUACUCCUAAACAAGCUCCUAAAAACGGUGCGACUGGAAAGCAUAUAUUUUAAUCUGGCAAAUGUCAUUUGGGGUUUUCAGUGCCUGCCAUUUCCUUUGUACUUAAAAAGGGGAAAUACCCAACAACCUCACCUCCCACAAAAUAUUACUAUUACAGUAAACACCUAAAUUUUUUUGUAAAAAAAAAAAAAAAAAAAAUUAAAAACUUUUAAAAAAGGCAAGUACCAAGAGCUUUGUAUCUUCUUGAGUAUAUUAAAAAUUUGACAUGAGUACAUAUAUAUAUAAAUAAAAAUAUCUAUAUAUCUAUAUCUAUAUAUAUAUAUAUUGUUGUGCAGAGGAUAGGUUGACAAAACCAUGUUAAGUAGUUUGCAGGAGAAGGAAGCAUUUGUUGAUUCAGGGAAAGACUGAUGCCAGAAGCUGUCAGUGAUUUGGAUGAUACAUGUGCUCCUUCACCCCCUCCCUUUGCUGACCUUCAUCUUCCAUGCUCAUUGCAGUGGUUGCUUCUGGAUCCUAGGGAAGGUGAAGUUGCUGGGAGCAAACUAAUAUAGCAAAGAUUUGUCUUUUCACCUGCAUGAGAGUCCUAUUGAGCCAAAGAUGCUCAGCAGAUCAAGGGAAGCAAAGAGAUAUAUCUGUGAUUAUCUGCAUAUGUGUCAGGGGCAGUGUCUCUGUAUGUGUAGACAUGAAGUGUGGCAAUGAAACCAGAUACAUAGUUUGACUGUAUAUUCUAUCAAUGGUGCUCUUUUCAUACUUGUUCUGCCAAUACGCGGAGACCCUUUUAACCAAGCUACACGGAAGAGUUUUAUAUCACUUUUGGUUAUGUACUUGGUGUAUUCUUUUUGUAUAUGAAAGGAUUUUUUUAAAAAUGUUCAGUAAUUAGCAAUGGAACCUGCUUUGUAGCUGAUUAGAACAGCGUAAGAGAAGGGCCGUGCUGUCAGUCUGUCCCUGAUCUACUUCAAUCCAUAUAUUUACCAAAGGAGUCUGAGCAAAAGUUCACUUAAAAUAAAGACCUGACUGUUGAAAGGAGUCUCUGCUAAGACUUUGUGAUUUAGUUAUUGUAUGACUAUUCCAAAGCCAGCAAGAGGUUAACAGAGAAAACCGCAGGAGGGGGAAGUGACCUGGCUAGAGGCUGAUAGUCCAUGACCUCCUACACCAGGUAUCUCAUGGCUCUCGGUGGGGCACUAUGGUGAUGCUGAAAAUCUGGACUGGAAUCUAUUUUGGCCUCCGUCAUUAAUGGGUCAGGCUAAAACCAAGCAAAUCCAGACCCUAUCCCACUUCUCCCCCAGUUAUUUUUUGUGUUUAUUCUGCAUCCUGAGAUAAACAGACCUCCCUGUCAGGUUAGAUGGAUUUGGCUGCCCAGGUUCAUUGUAGCAAAUUGCUCCUCUGGUUUUCCUGGGUACAGUGUUCGUGGCAACAUGGUUUACUGCUACAGAAAAGCAAAGAAUGAUACACGAAGAGGUCAAACAUCAAGUCCAUGUGCCAAGACUUCUCCUGGGAAUCCCAUCUUACCUUCCCUCCUUCUGAUGCCACACAAUAAUGAUUGAUUCCCAAGUACACAGCAGUAACCAGUAACGAUGAAUUGCACUGCAGUGAUUGUCCUUCACCCGAAACUGUUGUUUGGAUGUUGAGCAAGGGAAAUAGAUGGGGGCAAGGUGACUAUACGUGAGACUGUCACUUUGUAUUAUCAGCCCACCAGCCAAAGUCCAAAGCAAGAGAUUUGAACCUGGUGAAAUAUCCGUGCUCUUCAUAUUUGCAGCCACAAGCUCACUUGAGGAAAGCCCUGAUGGGGUAUGUGCCCUCACCAGUCCUUACCUCUCCCCUUGUUGGUGCAAUGCAUCUGGGCUGUUAGAGCUGUUCUGGGAUGUGGGUGAAUGAACCAGUAAAUGUUGAGUUUAUUUUAGCAGCAGGGAUUGUAUGUAAAGAAGGGAAAGCGGCAGUGUGUAUGUGACUAAAGCUGCAGUAGGGUCUACAGCCCCCUGCUAAAGGCAGGUAGUGCUUUUUAGGGCUCAGGUGUAUGUGACCUCCUGUUCUCCUGUUGGCUCCACUGUGAAAACUAGAAGGAAUCUGCCAAUAAAGGGCUGAGGCAGAAGGGAUUUUUAUUUACAGAACUUCUAGAGGGGAGGGAUGGUUGUGGAAGGAAGAGAUGGUGUUGCAGGGCUCCGUGAAGAGAAGAGAAAUUGUUGGCCCAGUGAGGGCUAGAUAACAUAGGGGAGGGAGGAGACCUCUGAUGGCAAAUAACUGCAAAACUUUGUUCCUUAGGAGGUAACUUUCACAUCUCCCAAGCAUCUUUACUAAGCUGUGAAGGGCUUUUAUUUUUUUUUUCCUUUUAAGAAAAAAAAAAGGAGAGAAAAGGCACUUAAUGCUGGUGGGGUUGUUGCGAGUCAAGACUCCCUUACCGAAGCAUCAAGUUGAGCGUGUGAGUAAUUGUGGCAAGUCAGUAGGGCACCGUGAUUAAGGUUUCCCAGAUUAGUGUGUCUGCAGAUUCCAACAGCUUGGGCAGCCAUAGGUCCUGAUUUUCUGUGUCUUCUGGGCAAAACACCUGCCUAUCCUAGUUCUACUCUUAGUGCUCUCAGACAUGCAGCUUCUGAAUGCUUCUGCAUCGUGAAAGCAAAUCUUGUCUCCUUUGCCAAAACAUCACAAAGAGUUAUUUGGGGCUAGGAAUUGACUUAUGAUAAGUGACAAACCAAAAUGCAGGGAGGUGCAUGUUGGUUAGAGCAGAUUAGCAGGUCCUUGCCAGCUCUGAUGGGUAGUUUUUCAUGGUUUUCUAGCAUACAAGGCUUAUGCUCGGCAAAAUGAUUUUCAAUCCUCGAGCAGUUUCCAGAGCUGGAAGGUGGUGAGUUACCUCCUGUUACUUGCCUUAAAGUUGAGUUUAUAGGGCUCAGCUACCUAUGAGAGAGGCACAUCUUAAACCCUUAGAGUAGGCAAAGCUUCCAAAGCCAAAUGGGCAUGUUAGAGAGUGGUUAUAGUCUCUUCUGCUUUCUAACUCCUCACUCAAUGAAAAUUAGUGUGCCAAUAUCUUCAGUCCACAAUUUUGUGCUCUUGGGUUUGGGUCAUACUCUCAUGUUUUUUGAAGGUGUUUAUAUAGGUAUAGUUUCUCACAAAGUUUGAGUUGAUCCUGCUAAAAUCUGCUAUUUACUUAUCUUUGACAAAGAAAUUUCCAAUUUAUUGGUACAGUAACUAACCUAGUAUGUUAAGGGAAUGUAUUAUGAACUUUUUUUUUCCUCUUAAGUUUUACAUUGGGGUAGGAAAAUCUGAACUCCAGUUGCAAGGUGAGGAGGAAGAUAGUGCAGAUAGUACAAGGCCUGCCAAUCUGGUACUUACUGUUCAGAAAAAAAUAACUAGACUAAGAAGCUUACUGGUAAUUAGUAGCUAAUGUGUUCGUAACUAUCAUGUGCCUUAAAAUUUUCAUGGUAGGAGAAUAAAAAAAUCAACAAUGUGUUUUCUGUAAUACUGCUCGACAUUCUCUGUAGUUUAGACUGGUGGGAUUUUGCAUUGUAUUUACACUGUACUAUAAACUGAAACACUAAGAAUGGUUUGAUUUUACGAGUAUGGAGGGCAAGAAAGGCGGAUUAUGCUUUUCAUAGAACAAAUGUUACUGCGACAGAAUGUAUUAUUAUUAUAGGACCUUUCCAUAACACAGACAAGUAGAAUGCUUGUUAGAAACCAGGUAUGUAGGAUAACAAUUUGGUGUGUUUUCAAUAAACCAUGCCUGGAAAGAA